AUAAGAUUAUUUUUAUCGCCGGCUAAAGUAUUGACAUAACCUCAAUUUUUGACGUUUCUUAUUUCUAAUCAAAUCGUGCAAAAAAGCACGAAAAUAACCGCUGAUAUACGACGUAAUGAGUUCAAGAAUUCCGAGAAAAUAGCGAAAUAAAAUAAGUUGGGUUAUGUUGACUUUUUAAUUAAUGAUUAAAAAUGUAUCGAACGGCGUCUCGGUUAAUUUACACGACUUUCCGUAAUUAUUACACGGUUAAGCCGAACUUGGAUAAGAAGCAAUACGAUUUGGCGAAACAAAUUUAUCAAAAAAUUAAGGCGAUGGGUCCAAUUCCCGUUUCGGAUUACAUGAAGGAAGUUCUUAUUCACCCAUCUCAAGGUUACUACAUCAACCGCGAACCGAUGGGGGAAUCUGGCGAUUUCAUCACAUCCCCAGAAUUGAGCCAAAUUUUUGGUGAGAUGAUCGCAAUUUGGUUUUUAAACGAAUGGUCGAAAGUUGGGGCCCCAAAACCGUUUCAAAUUGUUGAAUUAGGACCGGGGCGGGGGACUUUAAUGCAAGAUAUUCUUCGAGUCUUUAAACAUUUCGAUUCGUUAAAACAAGCCAACAUAAGCUUAGUUGAGAUUAGCCCGGUAUUAAGCGACUCCCAAGCAAGGAGGUUAUGUGCAACCACCAAUUUAAAUCCUGAUCAAAACGCGGUGAUUUAUCGCGAGGGGAUGAGUAUAAUCGAAAAUAUCCCGGUGAAAUGGUACAAAACGUUACAGGAUGUCCCAAAUGUUUUUACUUUAUUAAUAGCGAACGAAUUUUUUGACGCUUUACCCAUAAAUAAAUUUAAAAAAACCGAUUUGGGGUAUCGAGAGAUUUUAAUUGAUAUCGAUAAAGACAAAGAGGGUUGUUUCAGAUAUGUUUUAGCCAAAGAAGAAACUCCAACUCAAAAAUUAUUCUUACGAAGCGAUGAGAGUCGCGAAAAUUUCGAAAUUUCCCCUCAAAGUUUGUUAAUGAUUAAAGAAAUCGCAACGAGGAUUGAAUCGGAUGGGGGGUUUUGUUUAAUCGCUGAUUAUGGCCAUAACGGUGAAGGGACCGACACAUUUCGUGCGUUUAAAGACCAUAAACAACACGAUCCGCUAAUUGAUCCAGGAAGUGCUGAUUUAACCGCGGAUGUUGAUUUCGCGGCGAUUAAACGAGCUGGAGUUGAAGAUGGGAAAGUUUUAGCGUUUGGGCCGGUUACUCAGCGAGAUUUUUUGAUUAAAAUGGGAAUUGAGCAUCGAAUUAAAGUUUUGGAGGAGAACGCCGAUGAGAAACAAUUAAAAAGUUUGAGAUUUGGGUAUGAUAUGUUGAUGAAUUUGGAGAAGAUGGGGGAAAGGUUUAAGUUUAUGGCGCUUGUGCCGUCGGUUUUGGAGGGUAUUUUGAAAAAAGUACCCGUUGUUGGGUUUCAUUGAAUGUUUUUGUUAGUUAAUAAAUUGUAAGUGGUCUAAAAACUUUUUUUUACCUCUUACAUAUUCAUUAUCCUUAGAAGAGACGUUUUUAAUAAUUAAUUAUGUUAAAAUUCUGCUACAUCAAGGCACAGAAUAACCAAAAGUCAUAAAUAAGAUAUAUUUGUUGUAUAGAUAGGCCAAUAAGUACUAUAUAUAAUUAGUUUUAGAUACUGCCACCUACAGCGUUGAAAUCAUCGGUAGGCGGGAAAUAUAAAUUAAAUUUGUUAUUUCAAAGU